CACGGCCCCGCGCCGCUCAGCGCUCAGGAGCUGUCCCAGGAAAUCAAGGCUUUUCUGACUGGCACAGACCCCAUCCUGGGCCACCAGCUCUCAGCCCGGGAACACGCUCGCUGUGGUCUUCUCCUGCUCCGCUCUCUGCCACCAGCUCGGGCUGCUGUGCUUGACCACUUGAGAGGUGUUUUUGAUGAGAGUGUCCGGGCCCACCUGGCUACCCUGGAUGAAAGCCCUGUGGCAGGUCCACCUCACCUCCGUCCACCUCCACCCUCCCACGUCCCCACUGGGGGACCUGGUCUCGAGGACGUGGUGCAGGAAGUGCAGCAGGUGCUGUCUGAGUUUAUCCGGGCCAACCCAAAGGCCUGGGCACCUGUGAUUAGUGCAUGGUCCAUUGACCUCAUGGGACAGCUGAGCAGCACGUACUCAGGCCAGCAUCAGCGUGUGCCCCAUGCCACUGGCUCGCUCAAUGAGCUGCUGCAGCUGUGGAUGGGCUGCAGGGCCACCCGCACGCUCAUGGACAUCUAUGUGCAGUGCCUCUCAGCUCUCAUUGGUAGCUGCCCAGAUGCAUGUGUGGACGCCUUGCUGGACACCUCUGUCCAGCAUUCCCCACACUUUGACUGGGUUGUGGCACACAUCGGCUCCUCUUUUCCUGGUACCAUCAUCUCCCGAGUGCUCUCCUGUGGCCUUAAGGACUUCUGUGUCCAUGGAGGGGCUGGAGGGGGAGCUGGUGGUGGUAGUGGAAGCUCUUCUCAGACUCCCUCUGCAGAUCCCUUCCCCGGAUCUCCUGGCAUCCCUGGGGAAAAACGGGUGCCUAAGAUUGCCUCAGUUGUGGGAAUCCUAGGGCACUUGGCCUCCCGCCAUGGAGACAGCAUCCGGCGGGAGCUUCUUCGAAUGUUCCAUGAUAGCCUGGCAGGGGGCGCUGGGUGUCGGAGUGGGGACCCUUCCCUUCAGGCCACAGUUCCCUUCCUCCUGCAGUUGGCAGUCAUGUCACCAGCUCUGCUGGGCACAGUCUCUGGUGAGCUCGUGGACUGCCUUAAGCCCCCGGCCGUGCUGAGCCAGCUGCAGCAACAUCUGCAGGGUUUCCCUCGGGAGGAACUGGACAACAUGCUGAACCUGGCUGUGCACCUGGUAAGCCAGGCCUCCGGGGCAGGUGCAUACCACCUGCUGCAGUUCCUUGUGGACACAGCCAUGCCUGCCUCAGUCAUCACCACCCAGGGCCUGGCUGUGCCAGACACCGUGCGCGAGGCCUGUGACCGGCUGAUCCAGCUGCUGCUGCUGCAUCUGCAAAAACUGGUCCAUCACCGGGGAGGGUCCGCUGGGGAUGGGGUGCUGGGCCCACCUCCACCCCCGCGCCCAGUGCCCUUCCUAGAUGCGCUAAGAAACCACCUUGGAGAGCUGUGUGGAGAGACGCUGCGACUGGAGCGAAAGCGCUUCCUCUGGCAGCACCAGCUCCUGGGCCUGCUGUCUGUCUAUACCCGGCCCAGCUGUGGACCUGAGGCCUUGGGCCACCUACUGAGCCGAGCCCGAAGCCCUGAGGAGUUGAGUUUGGCCACACAGCUGUACGCAGGGCUGGUGGUUAGUCUCUCUGGCCUGCUACCCUUGGCCUUUCGGAGCUGCCUGGCUCGGGUUCAUGCAGGGACUCUGCAACCUCCCUUCACAGCCCGCUUCCUGCGCAACCUGGCACUGCUGGUGGGGUGGGAACAGCAGGGUGGGGAGGGCUCUGCAGCCCUAGGAGCUCGCUUUGGGGAGUCUGCGUCUGCCCAUCUGUCUGACCUGGCUCCUCUCCUGCUUCACCCGGAGGAGGAAGUAGCUGGAGCUGCAGCUUCCCUCCUGGCCAUCUGUCCCUUUCCCGUGGAAGCCUUGUCCCCCUCGCAGCUCCUGGGACUGGUGAGGGCUGGGGUGCACCGGUUCUUUGCCUCCCUGAGGCUGCAUGGGCCUCCAGGAGUGGCCUCUGCUUCCCAACUUCUCACCCGCCUGUCUCAGACCUCCCCUGCUGGGCUCAAGGCAGUCCUGCAGCUGCUGGUGGAGGGAGCCUUGCAUCCAGGCAACGCAGAACUGUUUGGAGGGGAGGUGGAUGGAGACAGUGAGUCUGUGUUCCCUGACUCGGCUCCUCUGGCCUUGCCCUCCCUGUUGGACACUAACCGGCGGCACACUGCUGCUGUGCCUGGGCCUGGAGGGAUCUGGUCUGUUUUCCACGCUGGAGUCAUCGGUCGUGGUCUGAAGCCCCCCAAGUCCGUACAGGUUCGGAACCAGCAGGAAGUGAUGUACAACACCCAGAGCCUCCUCAGCCUCCUGGUGCACUGCUGCAGGGCUGCGGGGGGCGAGGAUUGCGGGGGCUGCUGGGCGGCUCCCACCCUGAGUCCGGAGGCGGCCAAGGCGGUAGCAGUGACCCUGGUGGAGAGCGUGUGUCCCGAUGCCGCCGGCGCCGAGUUGGCCUGGCCGCCCGAGGAGCACGCCCGGGCCACGGUGGAGCGCGACCUCCGUAUUGGCCGCCGGUUCCGCGAGCAGCCCUUGCUCUUUGAGCUGCUGAAGCUGGUGGCGGCCGCGCCCCCGGCGCUGUGCUACUGCUCCGUGCUCCUGCGCGGGUUGCUGGCCGCGCUGCUCGGGCACUGGGAGGCCUCGCGUCACCCCGACACAGCCGGCUCCCCCUGGCAUCUGCAGGCGUCCUGCACGCUGGUGUCCGUCAUGGCCGAGGGCAGCCUCCUGCCGCCGGCCCUGGGGAACAUGCACGAGGUGUUUGGCCGCCUCGCCCCUUUCGAGGUGCGGCUGCUGCUGCUCAGCGUCUGGGGCUUCUUGCGCGAGCACGGGCCACUGCCUCAGAAGUUCGUCUUCCAGCCGGAGCGCGGCCGCUUCGUGCGCGACUUCUCCAGGGAGGGCAGCGGCGCGGGCGGCCCGCACCUGGCCGUGCUGCACAGCGUGCUGCACCGCAGCGUCGACCGCCUGGGCCUGUUCUCAGGCCGCUUCCAGGCGCCCUAGCGAGGUGCCGGGUCCGCGCCAGGCCGGAGGAGCGAUGUCACGUUUUCCUUCCCGCCGAAUUUUCUAAAUAAAACUUGCCGAGUUGAGAGGAA